GUGGUGAGGCGUCAGUAGUGUGUUAGCCUUACCCGACGAGGGUAGAGAGCGGUGCCUGCCUACACCCCUGCCCACUUGUUGUCAUCAUCCUAGCAAGCUUCAUCACCUGAGUUGUCCGAGUGGGUAGCGAGCUCUUAAAUCAUAUAUUUUAUAAACAAUUAAACUAAAAAGUGGCCAAGAACCGGCUCACAUGAAUGUGAUUCAGACUGAAAUAAAACAGUGAAACAGGAGUCGAAGCGCCGGAUACGGCGGACACAAUAUCUAUGACAAUUAGCACUAUGAGUGAAUGGUGUUGGUGGUGGAAGUGGCGGUGUGUGGUGGUGUUGGGGUUGUUGGUGCUGGUGGUGGGGGUGCUGACUCCCCCAGUCGACGCCAACACAGAAGACGAUAAUUCAAGAAACUACCGUCGUCGCCAGCAAGUUCCCCGACACAACAGGAGAAACGUGGUGGUGGGCAGAGGGAACUUCUGCCCGUACACUGUGAGCAAGAUGGUAUCGUGCAAGGUGGCCAAUGGUACGGAAACUUAUAUGGGCAAAGUUGCCAUCGGCAAGCGCAUCCAGUUCAUGACGAUGACGCGGCCGAGGUACGUGACGUCAUUCAAGGAAGUGCAGGAGACAGAGUAUGGGUGUUGUCCAGGCUUUUACGGCGAUAAUUGUGAUAAUACUUGCUUCAAUUGCACUCAAAUUCAUAACUUGCUGUCACGAGUACGGACGCUGGAGGCCAAGCUGCUGCGAUCACCUUCUGCGUCCCUUCCACCCCUGGAUGAGCCUAUCAUUCAGAUGGGUCUCCCGGACACCUCCCACGUCAAUGGACACCCCCUCAACCGUGGACGCGGGAGGGGACGUGGCCGUCAAAACAACAGAGGUCGUGGGCGUGAGAAUAACGGCAGAGGGCGUGGGGGUCGUGGCGGCAAUAACAGGAGAAAGAAUGGUGGAGGUCGCCGUGACCAAGACCCCCGUGGAGAUAUUGAUAUUGUGGAGGAAGGGGGAAAUGAUGCCUAUGAUGUUAACAGGUUGGACAACUCGCCAAGAUCCACCCUCACCAUGGCCCCAGCUGACUCCAACCAGUGUUCCUGUCCACCUGGCCCACCUGGACCACCUGGACUUGAUGGCCGGAGAGGUCUUGAUGGACAGGAUGGCCUCCCAGGUCCUCCGGGAGCACCUGGAGCUGUUGUUACACAUGGAUCAGGUGGUGAUGUGGGCAGUGAAAUAAACUUCAUACCUGGACCAGCUGGUCUACCAGGCAUUCCUGGACCACCUGGACCAAGAGGUAAUGAUGGAAGUGAGGGCAGACCUGGACCUCCUGGGCCAGCAGGUCAGCCAGGUCGUGGUGGUCAAGAUGGUUCCCCAGGACGCCAAGGGCCACCUGGGCUUCCAGGUACUCCAGGUGAAAGUAUACAAGGACCAAAAGGAGCCCCAGGUCUGGAUGGUCUCACUGGCAAGCAUGGUCCUGUAGGUCCACCAGGACCACCUGGUAUUGUUGGACCAUCGGGACAGAAGGGUGAACCUGGCCUCAAUGGCAUUGCAGGUUCUCCAGGGCAGCCUGGCCAAAAGGGUGAAAUAGGCCCAGUGGGAACACCAGGGCCUCAGGGUAGGGUUGGCCCUCCAGGUCUACAGGGAGCAAUAGGGCCCCAAGGAGCUGCUGGCCCACCUGGAGCUCCAGCCCCACUGAGCCCAGUCCCUGGAGGACUUGAUCGGUUUAACUCCGACUACUUGGGCUCUGUUGGAGAUGUAUUUGAGGGUAGCGGCUAUGGAAUUGUUAUUGAUGAUGAUGAGUAUCCUCUAGGGAUCCCUGGUUUGCCCUUACCUCGUGGUCAGCCCGGACUUCCAGGACCCAAAGGAGAGAAGGGUGAUGCUGGCCCCGAAGGUGCUCCUGGUCCAAAGGGUGACCGUGGAUUUGAGGGUGUUCGUGGGUCUCCUGGCGAGCCUGGUUUGACGGGUCUGCCAGGGGAGCGUGGCGUGCCAGGUGGAGCAGGGGUGUUUACAGAUGGCACAGAGACGAGGCCUAUUCAGGAACUGUUCCAGACAGUUGCACAUCUUCGUGAGAACCUGAACCUUCUUGAUGCAAGAGUUCGAAUCCUGGAGACAGAACUCCCUAAAAUUAUUGGUUUUGCUGGGGAGGAAAGUUUACUACCUGGUUCUCCUGAUGCUCCAUAUGAUCCAAAUUCUAGAGUUCCUAGUGCUGCAGACAACUUAAGUACCACAGCUGAUGAUCUUUUUAGACAAGUGGAUCGCUUGAAUGGUCUGGUGAAUUCAGCACUACCCACACUUGAUGGUGGUUUGACUCCAUCUCUACAAAUCCCUCCUCCCCCAGACUCAAGUGUGACCUUCCCAGUGGAGGUAGCUGCAAGUGGAGAAAGGGACUCCCGUGUGGAAGCCGAUCAUUCCCAUCUGUUGCGACCAGAGAUUCCCAGAACCGAGAGUCCAGUAGGAUCUGCAACACAAGACUCUGUGUCCUAUUCUUAUGAGGAGGAUCUUAAUGCUGUAACAGAUGAAACUGAAGAAAGAAAUGGUUACCAUUAUGAAGAAUAUGAAUAUGAUCCUAAUGAUUAUGAGGAAUACGGUGAUGAAUAUACAUACGAAUACUAUGACUAUGAUAAUACUAGGAGGAAAAGACAGCAUAAUAGGAAUAAUAUUCAGAAUGAUGUGAAUGCAGUAAAUGGAACAAAUUACAGUGUACAUGAAGAUACAGAGAACUCGGCUUCCUCGAAUGUUAAGAAACAAAAAACACGGAAUCGGACAGGCAAAACCAUCAAAAUAAAGAAGACCCCAAAACAAGAUAAUUCUAGAUUAUCUUCCGAGAAGAAGAGCAGACAUAACAUUUCGGCGCCUCACGAUGGUAGUCCGAGUUUGAGAACUAGAAGAUUGAAUUCGGCAUCUAAACGGAACACCUUAAAGACUCCUAAGAGUUCAUCAACAAAUUUAUCUUCUGAAAUUUCCAUUGACAAGAUGGAUAGAAUAAUUAACCGAGCUAAGCUGUUAAGGAAAAGACAACAAAUGAGUCGCAGGAGGAAGGACAUUAUUCAUCCGUUAAGGAGAAGUUCACAUAAGUCGGGAAGAUCCAAGAGAGAAGCUAUGUUUCAUUUCAGAAAAUUUUCAGCAAAAGAUAUCACAUGGAUAUGAGAUUUUUAAUCUCAAGGUGUCUCUAGAAUCUGGCAAUGCAAAAUUUUUGUGUUCAAUUAUAUAUUUCUUUAUGCUACUGUAUGUGAUAAUUUUAUGAAUUACCAGUUUCCCUUACUAACUGAGAUGAUUAAUGUAUUGCAUAAGUAAUUAUUUACAAUGGGUGCUCAUUUUGGUUUUUAUUGUCAUAUUAACCCAGACUUGCUAUUGGUCUAAAAUAAUGGUAGCUAGCUAGUAUUUUGAUCUAUACUGUAUGUGAGUAUUUUGUUGGGUUUAAAUGUUUGAACUUUUAAAAUUUAUUUGUAUGUCAUAUUUUUACAGUUUUAAAAUUAUGGUGAUCAAUCAAGAUACACCAUUAAGUGUAGUUUUUAAAAAAAAUAGAAUGCAUAUCUCAGUCAGCUUUUACAUGAUUUUAGUAAUGCUUUUACUGUGAUGAUAAUAAAUAUCUUGUACUCUUAUAUAUUAAAGAACCCUUAAAUUGUAAUAAUAUUCUCAGGAAUAGAAUGACGAAUAUGUUGAAUUAUAAAUCAUGAUGUGAAUCAGAUUACUGUGCUCGUAAAUGGAGUUUCUCUUGGGUAAUACUCUUGUUAACUCGGUCUCUCGUACAGCUGCUCCUCGACUCACGACGGGGUUAGCGACCCAAAUCCAGGUCGUAAGUCGAAUUGGUUGUAAGUUGAAAAUGCUUAAAUAAUAGUACAUAGAAAAUCUACAAUGGGUGUCUCUUUCUUCUCAGCGCCACAAAACUCUCACUUUUAAGCUUGCCAUCCAUUUUAAAGUGAAUUACAAACGAAAAAUUUGUCAGUACACAGAGCAAUCGCUAACCCUGGGACUUGAAAAUAUGUAAUCUGACAAAAUUUUGGUACGACCGAGGCGGUCACAGGUCGAGUGUGUCGUAAGUCGAGGAGUAGCCGUAAUUGGAGCCUUUUCUUCAAAUGACUGAAGUGUUUGAGUGCAACAUAUUAGGUUUUUUUACACAUGCUGGAAGUACACUAAGAUAAACUUGCAGAUACAGAAGGAUUUCAAAUGGUUCAUAUUUCCCAAAUGUAUAGUUAAUAGAUGUUUCAUUUGCUUAUGUGAUAUCAUAAAUGUCAAAGCAUACAAGCAGUCUUUAUGAUAAUGAUGCCUAACAAUUGCUGAUGAAAGUA